AUGAAUCUGUUCAAAGACGGCAAAUCUCCAUCGUGGGUUGAUCUCAGAAAGCCAUCAGCAUCGCCCGCGACAGCAAUACGUCGGUAUCACCCAAUUCUGCCGAAGCACCUCGACGGCCAUUCACUUCCCAUCAGUCGAAUAGACGCGCUUGCGCCACCACUACCCGUCAUGAAGCCCGUCGUCAGUGCCAUGCACGCUUGGUCGUGCACCAUCAUCUCUGUUUUUGCCAUCAUCAUCCUCAGCGCCCUCGCCGGGCUAUACCGCAGUGGGCAUGAGGAGUUUGUUGGAGGCGUUGCCGACCCCAGCCCCGACGAAGGCAAGGCUGUAGCUGGAACCAUCUUCACAGCCGUCAUUGUCUACGCAGUUUUCCUUGUGUUUUGUGGUUUCCAGGGAUUGCUGCACGUCCGCGAGAACCGAAGAGGCGCAAUCGCCCUAUAG